AUGGACAAUACCGAUUACUCUGAGUUGAAACUUCUUUCAAUAUGGCAGUCGCCUCCGCAGAAGAAUCUGGCUAAAUUUGUGCGCCAGAUUAUCGGCUCGUUGAACAAUCGCACAUUGUACUACAUUGAUGCAACUAAUUCCUUUCCCUUACAGGAGUUCCAAAAGAUUAUAGCUGUUGAGCAAAAAGAAGUCUACGAUCGUAUACGAAUAAUCACCUGUCUUGAUCUUUCGGAACUAUCAAAGACCCUCAACCAAGUGGUACAAGUCCUCAAUAUUGAUAAGAUUCAACAGCAGCAACGGCGAAAAGAAAAAGACGGUGAGAACACAAAUGUUGAGAUACUCCUGAUUCUAAAUGGCUUAGAAAUCAUGUUUCGAAACACACAGAUGGAAUGCUCGCCAAGUGAAUCGCAUCUUUUAUUAAAAGACUUGUUACUCAAACUGAGAACUAUAGCCAACAAUUGCGAAGUAGGCGAACCCAUGUUAAGGACAGUCCUAACAUUUCCUAAAGAAGAACUUUUAAAGUUCAAUUCCUCAAAUUCACAGUCUCAUGGCAACAAACGCCUCAAGAGCACUAUCACGAACGCCAACACGUUGGCUGAAUAUGUAGCCAAGUUCUAUGCUGAUGAAAUAAAGUAA